ACGCUCAUCGGAUGCGAUUUUAUCGGACGAGAUUUAUAUGGGAUUUGACAGAUAACGUCGGACGUGCGAUUUCGUCGUACGACGGAAUCAAAAAAUUUUGAUUCCGUCGGAUCGUCGCAUCCGAUUUUAUCUGUCAAACUGAAUUUAACAGUAUAAACCCAAAAUUCAUGUUUUUUCUCGAAGUGACAUCUGUUUGUUUGGAACUUUGUUUGUAUCGAAAACCAAAUAGCAAGCGAUACUUUUUCAGCCAUGUCGAACGUGCGAGUGGACGAAGAAAAUUUGAUUUUGUUGGUGCAAGAGCACCGUUAUUUAUGGGACCUCCGGGAUCCGGAGUACAAAAACAACACCCUUAAAAAAAAUGCGUGGGACUCCAUAGCCCAGCAGCUCCACACAACCGAUAUGGUGGCCAAAAAUAAAUGGCGAAACUUGCGGGACACAUUCGCCCGCAAACUAGCUGAAAUAAAUCAGCCAUCUGGGUCGGGAUACAAGCAUGUCCGAUGGAAGUUUUACGAGCAGAUGAGCUUCCUCAAAGACAUGCUUGCGUCCCGACCCAGAGUUGGGAAUCUAGAGUCAUCUUGGCAAGAUGAAAGUAUCGAAUAUUUGGAAGAGAGCGAUGAUCUUCUAGAGCAUUUGGACCCGGCAAAUAAACAGAGAGCAACAGAAAACAACAGAAAGCGGAAACAGGAUGAUCGAGUGCUGCAGGACAUAGUUAAUGUGGAGAAGGAGCGCAACGAACUUUUGAAACAAAGACAACAAAAAAGCUCCAACUACCACGUAAUGAUGAGUGUUGUUACACUCCUUGAUUCUUUACCCGAUCUAAAUGAUCAGUUGGAUGCAAGUGAGGAGAUAUUAGAAUUUGCUUACCAAGUAAUCAAAUCAAAGCGAAGAAAAAGAACAAACGAAGAAAACCAAAAAAAAAAUUUAGCUUGAGUGAGAACACAACUGUCUACAUGUUGAUACCAAUCGUCUCGUUGAAUAGACAACACAGUACCAUGCUGAGCGUGUUAGUCUGUGUUGUCUAUUCAAAGAGACGAUUGUUAUAAACAUGUGGACAGUUGUUAUAUUAGUGUUACUCUACUAGUUACAAUAAUUUAAUUAUUGUGACUGAAAUUGAAUUUGUGAUAUGAAUAAAAAGAACUUGUUAUGAAUUUUCAAAA